CAGUGGGAAAUUUUGUAUUUUGUGUACGCGUUGUACAGGAUCUCCACAAAAAUGAUGGACGCAUUAUCAGUAGUCACACAGCUGCGGGACUUGGCAUCAGAACCACAGAACCGGGAGGCGAUUGUUCAAGACCAGGGCUGCCUUCCAGGACUAGUGUUGUUUCUAGACCACAAAGACCCAAAAGUGCUUUUUGCCACUCUCCAGACUCUGCGCUACCUGGCUGAAUUGCCCCGAAAUAUCAACACUAUGAAAAAUGAGCUUGGAAUGAUUGUGAGCCUGGAGACGCUCUUGGAGAGGACUGGUAUGACAACAGAUAUUACAGACCUUGCAAAAGAGGUGUAUGAUGUGUUGAGUGCACGAACUCAGAGACAGGCUUGUCAGACUCCUGAGCAACAGAGGAAGAACAAACCUCAGUUCUUCAUCAACAGCACCAACAAGAAAGCUAAAUCAGUUACUCUGCAUAUACAAGGCUUAAAUGGGGCAGAUCAGAGAGGUGUGUGUGAAGAGGCACUUUUGAAGGUGAAAGGUGUGAUCAGCUUCACAUUUCAGAUGGCUAUGAAGAGAUGCACUGUUCGCAUCCGUGCAGACCUGCCCACUGAGAGUCUGGCCACUGCCAUUGCUGCCACAAAAGUGCUUUCAGUCCAACAGGUAGUGAAAAAUGAAAGUGGAGAGGAGGUUCUCAUCCCACUUUGCACCUCUAGUACAAAGGUAGAAGAGAAUUCCCAACUACCAGAUUACCUGCCAGAGGAAGAGAGUCCUGAGACAGAGCUGGACCGUGCCGUGUCCCGUACUGGUGCAAAACAGGACACCAGUGGAAGCUGGCUGAACACAGCAGCCAGUUUCCUCACUAAAACCUUCUACUGGUAAAGCUUGGUUUUUUCAAAAUGAUGGCGGCAGGACCUUCCUGCCUGGUCCUCAAAGCAAUGUUCAACAAUGUAGAUUGUCCUAAAAGAGGAACUUUGAUCACUAUCAGAGCUUAAAGCUCCAAGUUCAAUGCACUUGACAAAUAUGUGCAUUUACAAGCCACUGAAGGGGUCAUUUAGUUCAAUUGAUAAUAACCUGUCAUGCAAAAUAUGCAAGAGAUCCCAGCUGCAUUACAACUGUAUGAAAGCUGUUCAUGUUGAACUCAUGUUGUACUUUUUCUAUUUGUUCAGAAAAACUAGACUUUCCUCCCUCUCAGGGAUCAGAAACGUUCCUGUCUGUUUCUGUGUUGUCAAGUUUUUUUUCUGUGUUUCCACCUGAUUUGUUGUAAAUAUUUAGCUCUUGAUUCUCAUCUUAAGAAAAUGAUAUAAUUGAAGUACAAACUGCACAUGUGAUGCUAAUUUUGUGAAAAUAAAAUUUAGGA